AGGCAACGACACCGGUAGAAAGAGUAGAAACUACAGCCGUCGCUCUCACGCUCAUCAUUCAUGUAUAUUUGAAUUUCAUUCGCUCGUUCGGCGUCAAGCGGGCAGUCCUCUUUCGUUACCUUACCCGCCGGUUUUAUUACAGUGUUAAUUUUUUACAGGGUGCCCUUUUAAAAACUGUUGUGAAUUAAAGUUCGUGUUGUUUUUUAAUAAGAACUGUGCUUAAUUAUUAGCAAUGGCGACCGAAGUUAUAAAUAACGUUCCCGCGAACCCUGAUAAGGAACAAAAGGAGAAAGAGGACGCUCCACCGGUAGACAAUGGUGGGACAAAAGAAAAGGAAGAAACUCCCAAAGAACCCGAGAAGGGAGAAGAGAAGGCCGAGGAGAAGAAGUCAGAAGUAGCUCCGCCGAAGCCCACUGUGCACAAGAUAUCUUUCGAGCAAGACAUCGUUUACUUGUACCAGUUUUCGCGAACGCCGAUGCUGCCGUCGACUUCCCCGUACUGCCUGAAGGUUGAAACAUGGCUCCGCUUGGCAGGCAUCAAGUACGAGAACGUGGAUCAUAAGGCGAAGUUCCGAUCCAAGAAGGGGCAGCUUCCGUUUGUCGAGUUGAACGGUGAAGAGAUCGCUGACAGCUCCUUCAUCAUCAAGGAGCUCUCCGACAAGUUCGGCAAGGACUUGGACGCCGGCUUGACUCCGGAACAGCGCGUGAUCUCGCACGCUAUGAUCUCGAUGAUCGAGAACCACCUGUCGUGGGUGAUCCUGUGGUGGCGCGCCAAGUACCCCGAGAGCGUGCUCAAGGGCUACCAGGUGAACCUGCAGAGCGCGCUCAACACCCGCGUGCCCAACUCGCUGCUCAACUUCUGCUACAAGUUCACUUCUGGACGCAAGGGUCUGAAGAAGGCGAAGGCGCACGGCAUCGGCGUUCACACCCAGGACGAGAUCAUGGAGUUCGGCAAGAACGACCUGCGGGCCCUGUCUGACCUGCUCUCUGACAGGCCAUACUUCUUCGGCGAAGAACCCACUCUGCUGGACAUCGUCGCGUUCGCCAACCUGGCGCAACUCCGCUUCAUCGACAAGGCGGUGUCGCAGCCGCUGCGCGACGCCAUCACGGACGUGUUCCCCAACCUCGGCGCGCUGGUGAACCGCGUCAAGGAGCGCGCCUUCCCCGACUGGGAGGAGAUCUGCACCACGCUCGACCUCAACCCCCAUCUGCCCAAGCCGAAGGAGCCCGAGCCGGAGGAACCCGAGAAGGGAAAGGCCGAAGAGAAGGAAAAGGAGAAAGAGGCCGAGAAGGAGCCGGUGAAGGAGAAGGAGAAGGAAAACGAGAAGGAGAACGAGAAGGAGAAGGAGGCCGACAAGGAGAAGGAGAAAGAGAAGUAAACGAACAGAGAUUCGAGGCGUGCGUCGACACUCUCACCAUGUAACCGCUAAUGUAACGUAGUCUAAUCAAUACAUCUACUCAAUGAGGAAUUAUUCACAUGUAGUCGAGUUGGUAUGCAGACAGUACCAACAUAUUUAUACCUAAGCAUAAAUGUGUAAAUCCAUUUGUCUUUCCCUUAAUUUGAGUUGUCGCAAGCGGUAUGUGCGUCCCGCUAUACGUUGAUUGUUUUAACAUUAAUAUUACAUUGUGACAUUAUCGUGUAAGUCCGCGUGUGACAUUAUUGUUAAUGAUUUCUAAUGCUUUACUUAAAAAACGUUGAGACUUAUUAUUGUAGUUAGUUGAUUUUAUUACAUUUUAUAUUCAAUUCAUUUCAUUUAAAUUCAUUUUUAAACAUUAAUUUUAUUUUGAUCCAUUGCAUCUAAUAUACGUAGUUAAGGUAUUAAAUAGUAAACAUUUAUAUUCAAUAAUUAAUAUAUAAUAUGAAUAUGUACUCAACCGGUAUAAUCAUAAUUUUACUCGUUAGGAAUAUAAGGAAAGAAAGGGGCGAUUCUCUCAACGUGGACAUACUACUUACGGCAUUUAGUAGCUUUAUGAGAUUUUAUCUUUGGAUUCUACGAUUUUAUGGAAAGAGGCAACGAUUUUAGUAUAGCGUAAUAUUCAAGCAGCAUAGUAAUGUCUUAAAAGUGUAUGUCCAUUAGCGUAGUUGAUGUUUAGGAGCAAUUGUAUGUUUAGUUAUAAUUAUAAUAAAAUAUACACUAUAAACAUAAUUGUACCAGUGUUAGUUAAACGACACUGACAAUCAAUUAGUCCUGGGAACAUUUAUAACCCGCAGAAUUUAACAUCAAUUGAUACUAUAUUUUUCCCCCAAUACUCAAUAAACCAUAGUAGAUACAAUUAAAUAUUAAAAUUAUAGUUAAAUUUUAAGCACACUUGGCUAUUCUCCUAUGGAAUAGGCAUUAUUAAAACUAGAAGUAUUUGUCAAACUAAAUUGGAAAUUAGUAGAAUGUCAGGCGCGAAGUUAGGGUUCCCUCACUUCUCAAAUUCAAUUAAUUACAAUGUCAGAAAUGCAAAACUUAAUACUAAAUUGAAAAAAUUAAUAUAGAGACCAUGCUUUCGAAAUCACGUAUUUAUGAAGCACGACGAAAAUUUAUGACAAAAACUGAAGUUUCGGACUUGAACUGUUCUUGCAGACGGAACCCUGACGGAAAACCUGUAGAGCUAACUUGGUGGAGUUUUUGAUAAAAGAUUAAAGCACAAGUCUAGAUUUAGACCCAAGAGUUGUGCUUGUAGACUGUUUUGGGAAUCCUCUUUAUGGGUUUAUAAAAAGAAAAUUUACAUUUUACAAAUUUUUGAUAAACGAAAAAGCCUGCAAGACUGUUUUUCAUGUUAUUGUGUGAUUCAUAGUCCAUAAAAAUUUUGAUAAUGUAUUUUUAAGAUUUAGUCAUGGCCAUGAAGUGCAAUGGUCGAGUGAUAUUUCUUCACGACUUGCAGAGAAUACCGCUUUAAAUUGAAAUAAUUCACGAAAAUUUCGUAUUAAAAUCACUAUUUUCACAAAAUAGUGCUACAAUAAAGCUUUCACUGUAUUUCAACCCACAUUUCGCCGGCACAUUAUGACAUUGAAAUUAUUAGGCCAUCAUAUCGCAUAAAUUACCUAUUGCAUUGCACAUAGGACAUAUUAGUAAUUAUCCUGGAAUUGGUAGUUCACUGCAGCGACUAAUUUGCACUUCAUUGCACGUGAAUGUAUGAACUCAUAAUAUCAUCAACAUUCCGCAUUCAUAGGGCAAUCCUACGUGCCACCAUCGUAUUAGUAUAACUUGGCUCUCUUACCAACUUAUCAUAUAGGUUUUAGGCACAAUAUUGCAGCUCAAACAUACUCAAACUUAGAACAACGCAUUUUCAUGUCAGAAGACUCAAAGUUUUCUUUGUUCUCAUUUAAAAUAAGUUCACACUUACUGCUUUAUGUAUCUAUCGAUCAUUUCAUCACCGUUGGCGUACAGCUGUGGACUCAUCAAAAGACUUCACCAAGAUCAUUAUCAUUCACUUGUCAUUACAAUCAUAACAUGUUAUAUCACAUCAUUACUUCACAAGUCUCGUCAUCACUUCAUUUCAUUCAUUAAACAUUUUCACCAACCCUGGCCACUGCUGUACGCAAUUACUUUACAUAUUAGUAUGACAUCUGACGAGAAUAGCAAUGGAAAUAUCUAUACAGGGUGUAUCUAAAUGAUACCCUCGCGAAAUGUACGAAAUAAUUUAACCAUCCAUAAGCCGUGUGGUGGCCGGCAGAAUAGAAUAGCACCAACCCCUUACACUCAGGGUGUCGUAAAAGGCGACUAAUGUUAAAAGGAGAAUGAUAAAACUCAGAUGGUCCGUUUAUACGAGAAAAUUGGUAUUUGAUCUCGUGCUUUUAUUUUCGGGUGGGUGUCAUUUUUACCCUGUAAUUAUUGAAUGUCGGUGAAUAUGUAAAGUAAUGUCCUGUAGUUCAGGGGGUGUUUGCGUAUGAGUAGAGGAGGGGAAUAUCUAAAGCAUUGUAUUUUUACUUGAGUACUGCGAGCAAGCUAACAGGUUUAACUUCUAGACUAUAAAGAUGAAUCUCCUGGAAAAUAGGCUCUAUGAAGUGUUUGAAUUACCUACUGUGUAUAGGUUUUCACUGAAACAGGCUUAAAUUAAGUUUCUUAGGCGUAGACUUUUCCUAGUUUCUGGUUAAGCUCAGCAGUGUUGCAUAAAUUUUAAAAAUAAAUAAAGCUUUUUGAAUCUUUCAAGUUUAACGCAAAGUAGUGUUUUAAUAAAUAUUAUCUUUCUUGUGUUAGGAUAAAUAUUCCUGUGUAAGGCCAAUAGAUUGAGUAUAACAUGUUUGAGAUGUAACAUUAGAGAUAAUUUUAAUUGCCGUAGUAGGCCAUGGUAAAUUCACAUAAUGUAUUGAAUUUACUGUAGGUUAAGGAGGCUUGUGGGAGAAGGUUGUAAACAGUAGUUUGUUAAAUAGUAAACACUUAACAGUGUACAUAAUUUUAGGUAUUUAUCAAAAUUAUAAGUGUUUUUUGUUUGGUUUUUUGGGGCAAGGUUGACAUAAGUCCCUCCCGUAUAACCGCUGACCAUCACUGCCACUAGAGAAAACUUAAGGAAUUAGAGAAGUAAUUGAAACUAUGUAAGACAGAAAUGUAUAGGAUAAGUAUUGCAAAGCGUUUGUUGAUCAAAACAUUCCCGCAUGGUAUUAGUUGAUAGUUAAGUAGUGAGUAGGAGCAGCAGAGCCCCCCGGGCCGCGCUCCUUGUCGCCGGCCUCGCGCCCGCAUUACGUCAUCCACCCGCCAUCGUCACCACCAUCACUGCGAAUUCAUAAACAUCAUCAAAAAUCAAACCAUCUGCUUCCUACAUUUAGAGAUCAUCAUAGUUAGUAGGUAGAUUCCAUUUCAUUGCACCACCAUUUUUAAAUCAUACGUCGAGUGAUUCAUAUACCAUGAUAUAAACAGAUAGUUGUGCUCAACAUACCACCGCGGAGCCUGUUUCAGUGUUAGGAGUAGAAGAUAGCGGGGCAGGCACGGGUCUUGUCAUCAGCACCCCACGGCGAAACCUCCCGAGUAGUAUAGCAUACCUACCAUUUAAAUAAAUACAUUACCUUUUGCAAUGCAAUUAGAUAUUGAUGAUGAAAUAAUAUCGUGCCUUGACCAAAUGGUUACCAACAAAUGCACUAAUAAAAACACUACACAUCAAACUUUCAAUAAUGUAGUGUUAGAACAAAGAUUGAAGCAGCACAUCUUGCAUCCUCAAAGUCGUGUUUAAUUGCAUUGCAUACUAUAAUAUACCUAAAGCAGUAAGAUUAGAAUAAGCAUAUUUUAACCAAUAUAACUAUCACACUUGAAAGGCUCACUUAACGUAAUUUUGUAUCUUAUCGAAUGAUAACACAGUAAAUUAUUGUUCUGGGGCUGUGAGUCCCGAUACUACGGAUAUUAACUGACUUUGCUUGGCUUUCUGAUGGCCCCUGUUUCUGAAUCUCUAUUAGAUGACAGCCCCAAGUAUCGAUAUUCAAUAAGUACUACUUAACUAAUAUCUAAUAAUAAAAAUUAAAGUAAAGUUUUGAGUCUGUGGGACAACCCCACUGCAUUUUAUAUAACUUCAGAUUUAUAAAAUAAGAUUUAACUUAACAUUACAUCUGAAGCAGUUGUAUUGUUGUAAGUAAGUACUAUAACUAUACAAAUUAUUCAUAAUUGUCUAAACGUUAAUUACGUACUAUAGGUACUUUGAAAGUAUGUUUAUAAUAUAAUUUAAAUUUAAAUAAAUUGAAGUAGUGAACAAUUUUAAGAUUAUUACUCUUUGUCUGUAGAUGGUAUCUCAUUUUCUUGUACUUUCAAUUAUUGUGUCAAUAUGAAUAUAAUCUUAAGUAAUAGUAUAGAGAUUGAAAUGGCUCGCCGUAUUGUACCGACUACCGACUAGUACCGACAACCGAGCUUGUGUGCAUGCAUGCAGUGUUAGUUUAAGAUUCAAUGUAAUAUUAAUCUAUCGCCAUUAAAGUAUGUAUACCAAUAAAA